AUGGCGGACGUAGAAAUGGAAGAUACUGGCGCAGGCUCACCGCCCGCCGCCCGCAACGAGUCCGAAAUGCAGACCCAUACCAAGGCCACGGCCGUCCGCUCCAUCGAAGGCUGGAUCAUCAUCGUCACGAACGUCCACGAAGAGGCCGACGAGGAGAGCCUGCAGGACAAGUUUGGGGAGUUUGGCGAGAUCAAGAACAUGCAUCUGAACCUGGACCGCCGAAGCGGUUACGUCAAGGGCUACGCUCUGAUAGAAUACGCGACUCUCGAGGAGGCGCGAGCGGCCAUCGACAGCGCUCACGAUACCAAGCUGCUGGACCAGACCGUAAAGGUUGACUUCGCGUUCGUGCGCCCUCCGCCCGGACAGGGCAAGGGAUCCAGGGCCAACCGGGCACGAAGAAGGAGUCGCAGCAGAAGCCCCGAGGCUAAGGAGCGUGAGGAGCGUGAAGAAUGA